GUGCUGCUGGGAGCCCCCCCGGCUGCGGGCGAGGAGCUGUCGAGGGUGUUCCAGAAGAUAGCAAAGGACGAGUGUCACUUCAUCAAUGGCACCGAGCGAAUCAGGUACGUGGAGAGGCUCAUCUACAACCGGCAGCAGUACGUGCACUUCGACAGCGAUGUGGGGGUCUUUGUGGGGGACACCCCGUUUGGGGAGAUCCAGGCCAGGCAUUGGAACAGCGACCCAGAAAUGCUGGAGUACUUUCGGGCAGCAGUGGACACGCACUGCCGGCACAACUACAGGAUCGUCACCCCGUUCACCGUGGAGAGGAGAGUGCCCCCCAGCGUGUUCAUCUCGCUGGUGCCGUCGAGCUCCCAACCCGGCCCCGGCCGCCUGCUCUGCUCCGGGAUGGAUUUCUACCCUGCGCCGGUGCAGGUGAGGUGGUUCCAGGAUGGGCAGGAGCUGCCGGAGCACGUGGUGGCCACCGACGUGGUCCCCACCGGGGACUGGAGCUACCAGGUGCUGGUGCUGCUGGAAAUCCCCCCCCAGCACGGGGUCACCUACAGCUGCCAGGUGGAGCACGUCAGCCUGGAGCACCCCCUCAGCCGGCACUGGGAGAUGCCACCGGACACCGUCCGCAGCAAGAUCUUGGUGGGGGUCGGGGGCUUCGUCUUGGGCUUGGUCUUCCUGGUGCUGGGGCUCGGCUUCUACCUGCGGGAGAAGAGCUCCUGAGCCGCCGGCGGCCGCAGCCCCUCCCCGUGGCCUCGGGACCACCCUGGAUCCCCCAAACCCUGCGCUCAUUUGGGGGGGUCGCCUGUCCCUCCCUUCCCUGCAUUUCUUCCCACACUAACC